CGCCCCCCACAGCAGCAGCGGUCAGGGACCCCCACACGGCACCCCCUGUGCGCUCUGCUCCCAUCCGGGUGCGGCUGAACGGGAAACUUCCAAGGGAAGAAGCGGGGCACUUUUGGAGAGCGUUGCGCCGCUUCGGUGCCGGCUCCGCGCCUUCCCCGCCCACCGGGGAUCCCGAAGUCAAAACGCAGCCAAAGAUGAGGCAAAAUCCUCCAAAACGCACCGAAACCCAAACGCUCGGCUGUGAGCUCCGCUGCCAGAAGGGGCUCCUUUCCCAGGCGAAGCCGAGCAGCCGCUCCCCGCCCCGUCCCUGCGCCGUCUCACUGCGCCCAAUUCACUUCCAAAGCGGGCGGGCAGACAGCAGGACGCCGCGGCCCGCAGCCCUUCCCUCGGCGUGGCUCUGAGUCACCCUCCCACGUCAGCCCGUCCCCGGCUCGCCCUCCUGGCACCGCUCAGCUCUGACAGCAGCCCUUCCCCCCCCAGCAGAGGCCCAGGAGCUCCGGCACGCGCCACGAAGGCGCCGACCCCGCAAACCCACCCUCGGGCUGAAGGGCUCUGCAGGUUCAGAGGGUCCUGGCAGCUUUAAACCAAACCAGCUGCGGAACUGGGAAAAGCUCUGCGGGGAGAGGGCGGCUUCGCCGGGUUUGGACCGAAGCAGCGCAGUCAGACCCCGCCUUCCCUGGGCGUUAUGGCAAUAAAGGCACCGCGACCCGGCAGCUUUAUAAUGAGCCCGUCCCCUUUGCCCCCCAGGAGCCCAAGGAGUGCUGCGCUCUUGGAAAGGAAGACCCACAAGGGAAGCAAAUGGGUGCGCAGUGCUCAAAGGCAAACUGAAAGCUCAGAGCUGCCAAGCACGAAAACAAAGAGGAAUUCAGGCCUGGAGCCAGGGAAGCAAAGCACUCAAACAGCCAAGCAGCAGCAGAGCGCUCUCAAAGGAGCGCGGGGCCCAAAGCAAAGCCGCGCUGAAGCGCUCCGCUGGACGGAGGCCAUGAAGUCGUCCUGCGCUGCUGCCCCGCUCCUUUCUGCGCAAAACCACGGCGUCCAGCAGCCACGGCGGGGAGGUGAGAAUAAAAGCGCGCUGCUGGUGCUGCAGAGCAACAAACCUCCCUGCUGGGAAAUGCGACGCCCGCACUCCCCGGAGCACAUCCAGCGUCGCCAGGAGGUGCACGUGGUGAUGGGCAACGAGGCCUGCGACCUGGACUCCACCGUGUCUGCCCUGGCGCUGGCCUAUUUCCUGGCAAAGACCUCCGUGCCACCCAGAGCCGCCUUCAUCCCGGUGCUGAACAUCCCACGCGCCGACUUCGCCCUCCGCACGGAGACGACGUUCCUGCUGCGGGAGCACAGCAUUCCGGACUCCUCGCUCAUCUUCCGCGAUGAGAUCGACCUGGCGGGGCUGCACAGCGCCGGGCUGCUCUCACUGACCUUGGUGGAUCACCACGUCCUGCCCAGCGCCGACGCAGCCCUGGAGGAGGCCGUGGUGGACGUGCUGGACCACCGGCCGCUGGAGCGGGAGUGGGCACCCAGCUGCCAGCUCACGGUGGAGCUGGUGGGCUCCUGCGCCACGCUGGUGACAGAACGGAUCGCCCAGGGCCCCCCGGGUGUGCUGGACCGGACCACGGCGGCGCUGCUGCACGGCACCAUCCUGCUGGACAGCGUGAACCUGAGCCCCGCGGCCGGCAAAGUGACGCCCCGCGACGUGCGCUGCGUCUCCCUGCUCGAGUCGCGCUUCCCGGAGCUGCCGCCCCACGACAGCAUCUACGGAGCUCUGCAGGCAGCCAAGUUCAACGUCUCAGGGCUGACGACGGAGCAGAUGCUGCGGAAAGACCUCAAGACCGUCUCCGGUGAUGAACAAGUCCUCGCCACCAGCGGCAUCUACAUGGACAUAGAGCUCUUCCUGCGCCGCCCCGGUUUGCUGCAGGACCUGGAAGCGUUCUGCCAGGCUCGUGGCUACUCCGUGCUGGUGGCCAUGACGGUUUCCUUUAACGAGUGCUAUGAGCCUAAGCGGCAGCUGGCGGUGUACAGCCGGCACGAGGCGCUGCGCAGCACGGUGUGCCAUGCGCUGGAGGAGGCCACAACCCCGGCGCUGCAGCUGCAGGCCCUGCCCAGCCCCUGGCCCUGCAUCAGCGCCUACGCGCAGGGCAACACGCUGGCCUCCAGGAAGAAGGUGCUGCCCAUCCUGCGGGCCGCUCUGGGGGGGACGCCGGGCACCGCAGCAGGGAUGGAGGAGGAGGUGGCCCCCCCACCCACCCCGAUGAACAGCCUGGUGGAAGAGAGCCCGCUGGCGCAGGCUGUGCCCCCCAUCUGCCCCCAGGCUGUGCUGGAGCGGGUCAGCCGCAUGGCCGCCGAGCAGCCGCCCCCCGACUGUGACAAGUGAGGGGCCGAGGUGGCGCUGGGGUGCUGUGGGGUCCCGUCCCCAGCACGGAGCCGCUGCUUCCUCUGAGCCCGGCUGGCUGCCGCAGCCCCGUCCUCACUGCCGACUGCCCCAGUGCCCCCCUUCCCUCCGGGGUUGGUGCUGUGGGGCCGCAAGGAGCCGGGCAGCACGCGGCCCACGAAGGCACUGGGGCUCUGAAGGAAUUCUUCCCCUCCUGGCCGUUGGGGGCUGAGUGCCGCAGCUGGGCACGCGGCUGCCUGGAGGCCGUUAGCUGCCCUUUCAGUACUAAAUUUGCCUCUUCCCCCCCA